CAGCAGUUUGCCAGUCUCUCUUAUAAGUGUAACCCCCUCUCUCUCGAUUGAUUCCUCUCAGUUCAUUAGAUCGAAUCGAAUAUACCCUACCAAGAAUCAGGUUCAGUUACUAAGCUGAAUCUGAGAAUGGCGAAUCGGAGCUUGGUGAAAUUGGCAUCGAUUGACGCGCAGUUGAGGCAACUGGUUCCAGCGAAGGUUUCUGAGGAUGAUAAGCUUGUGGAAUAUGAUGCUCUGUUGUUGGAUCGGUUUCUAGAUAUUCUUCAAGACUUGCAUGGAGAAGAUCUGAAGGAGACUGUUCAAGAAUGCUAUGAACUAUCUUCCGAGUAUGAAGGGAAACACAACCCUCAGAAGCUUGAGGAGCUUGGAAAUGUGAUGAAUACUUUGGAUCCAGGGGAUUUGAUAGUUGUUUCAAAGGCAUUCUCUCACAUGCUUAAUUUGGCCAACUUGGCUGAAGAGGUUCAAAUCGCUUACCGUCGUCGGAUCAAGAAGUUGAAGAAAGGUGGUUUCAGAGAUGAGAGCUCUGCAACAACUGAAUCUGAUAUUGAAGAGACACUGAAAAGGCUUGUUGGGGAGCUAAAGAAGACCCCUGAAGAGGUUUUUGAUGCUUUGAAAAACCAAACUGUAGAUCUGGUUUUUACAGCUCACCCCACUCAAUCUGUCCGUCGAUCCCUUCUGCAGAAACAUGGAAGGAUCCGAGAUUGCUUAGCUCAACUGAAUGCCAAAGAUAUAACUCCAGAUGAUAAGCAAGAGCUGGAUGAGGCCCUUCAAAGGGAGAUUCAAGCUGCUUUCCGAACAGAUGAGAUUCGAAGAACUCCUCCUACACCACAAGAUGAAAUGAGAGCAGGAAUGAGUUAUUUCCAUGAAACAAUCUGGAAAGGGGUUCCCAAGUUUCUACGACGUGUGGACACAGCUCUCAAGAAUAUUGGAAUAAACGAGAGGGUUCCCUACAAUGCCCCACUUAUUCAGUUCUCCUCAUGGAUGGGUGGUGACCGAGAUGGUAAUCCUCGGGUUACACCCGAGGUCACAAGGGACGUCUGUUUACUGGCAAGAAUGAUGGCUGCAAACUUGUACUAUGCACAGAUUGAAGAUCUGAUGUUUGAGUUGUCCAUGUGGCGUUGUAGUGACGAGCUUCGCACUCGAUCAGAUUUACUUCAUAGCUCCUCAAAGAGAGAUGCUAAGCACUAUAUAGAGUUUUGGAAACAAGUUCCUCAAAGUGAACCUUAUCGUGUGAUCCUGGGUGAUGUGAGGGAUAAGCUAUAUCAAACACGCGAAAGAUCUCGCCAUUUAUUAGCCCACGGGGUUUCUGAGAUCCCAGUUGAAUCCACUUUCACUAAUGUGGAGCAGUUCUUGGAACCGCUUGAGCUCUGUUACAAAUCUCUCUGUGCCUGUGGGGAUCGCCAGAUUGCUGAUGGAAGCCUACUUGAUUUCCUGAGACAAGUUUCCACAUUCGGUCUCUCGCUUGUCAGACUCGAUAUUCGACAAGAAUCCGACCGUCACACCGAAGUGAUGGAUGCUAUAACAAAGCAUCUCGAGAUCGGCUCUUAUCUGGAAUGGUCUGAGGAACAGCGCCAGGAAUGGCUUCUGUCCGAACUAAGUGGCAAGCGGCCAUUGUUCGGCUCAGAUCUUCCCAAAACAGAAGAAAUAGCCGAUGUACUAGACACGUUCCAUGUUCUUGCAGAACUUCCACCAGACUGCUUCGGAGCUUAUAUAAUCUCGAUGGCUACGUCUCCUUCUGACGUGCUGGCUGUCGAGCUUCUGCAAAGGGAAUGUCAUAUAAAGCAUCCGUUGAGGGUCGUUCCUUUGUUUGAAAAGCUGGACGAUCUCAUGGCUGCUCCUGCUGCAGUCGCUCGACUCUUCUCGAUCGACUGGUAUCGAAACAGGAUCAAUGGAAAACAGGAGGUUAUGAUCGGGUACUCGGAUUCUGGUAAAGAUGCCGGUCGGUUCUCUGCAGCCUGGCAGCUGUACAAGGCUCAAGAGGAGCUUGUUAAGGUUGCGAAGGAGUACGGUGUAAAGCUGACCAUGUUUCACGGUCGAGGUGGGACUGUCGGUAGAGGAGGUGGGCCCACUCACCUUGCCAUAUUGUCUCAACCUCCAGACACAAUUCACGGGUCGCUUCGUGUCACGGUUCAAGGUGAGGUCAUCGAGCAAUCCUUCGGGGAAGAGCAUUUGUGUUUCAGAACACUUCAGAGGUUUACUGCUGCUACUCUCGAGCACGGUAUGCAUCCUCCUGUUUCACCUAAGCCGGAAUGGCGUGAUUUGAUGGAUGCAAUUGCAGUUGUGGCCACUGAGGAAUACCGUUCCAUAGUCUUCAAAGAACCUCGAUUCGUCGAGUAUUUCCGAUCGGCUACACCUGAACUGGAAUACGGGCGAAUGAAUAUCGGGAGUCGUCCGUCGAAAAGAAAGCCAAGCGGUGGAAUAGAAUCUCUGCGUGCUAUUCCAUGGAUCUUCGCUUGGACUCAGACUCGAUUCCAUCUGCCGGUUUGGCUAGGGUUUGGAGCUGCAUUCAAGUAUGCGAUUCAGAAAGACGUGAGGAACCUCCACAUGCUGCAGGAGAUGUACAACGACUGGCCGUUCUUUAGGGUGACAAUUGACUUGGUUGAGAUGGUGUUUGCGAAAGGAGACCCUGGUAUUGCUGCAUUGUACGACAAACUACUUGUCUCAGAAGAUCUAUGGUCUUUUGGACAGAACUUAAUAACUAACUAUGAACAAACAAAGGCCUUCUUGCUCCAGAUUGCUGGGCACAAGGAUCUUCUAGAUGAAGACCCUUAUCUGAAGCAGAGAUUGCGUCUUCGUCAUUCUUACAUCACGACUCUAAACGUGCUGCAAGCCUACACUCUGAAGAGGAUUCGCGACCCAACAUAUCACGUGAAUCUGAGGCCUCACAUCUCAAAGGAGUACUUGGAGUCGGGCAAGUCUGCAGCCGAACUGGUAACACUGAACCCUACCAGCGAGUAUGCACCUGGAUUGGAGGACACACUCAUCUUGACCAUGAAGGGUAUUGCCGCAGGCAUGCAAAACACCGGUUGAAAA